UCUUCAAGUUGAUGGAAACUCUUUCAGGAAAGAAGUACUUAUUUGCUGAGGUAGAGCAAAGGCUGAGGAGGGCUUUGCCAAUUUGCAGCUAGAGAACGGAGCAAAGGGAAAAAUUAGAGAUGAUCAACACUUAGAGAGAGAAAGGGAAAGGUACCUGAAAUACUUUUGCACGGGGAGGAAAGGAACUAGGAUGAGAGAGGCACAAGACUCCACAUCCCCUGACAGCUGUUUACAACCCCGGGACUGACUGCUCAUCCUGCCAGACAUAGGGCUAGACUUAGGACAACUUGGAUCCUAGCGGACCUGGGCGUCUUCGCCGUUUCUUUGCUUCUCUCUGCUUUACCUUGUAUUGUGUGAGAGAGGAUGUUUCUUUCCUCCAAAGACUGAGCACCUCCAGCUUCCCCUCAAGACGAGCAGCGACAACAGCCUUGGGUUUUCAUCUUCCAGCAUCUAUGAAGGCAGAGACAAGUGACGGGAGCUUCUCGUAGAGGAAGAGGGGCCACCCCUGAGCGGACGAUGGAUGGAGCCCAUCGAGUCACUCUUUGAAUUGUGCGGCAGGGUUCAAUGACACAAGGCAAAAUCUCCCAUUGAAAAGGAACAAACCCACAAGCCCCCAAAUGGGCUUACGUGUUUUCAGCACCGGCCUGAGCUACCUGUCUCCUGAAUCACUGGACUUCUUCUAGGUUUCGUAGCCAAGCAAGCUUCAACCGAGUCUGAAGACUUGUCGGGGCGGGGGGUAAAAUUUAAAGACAGAUUGGAGGGGGAAUUUCCAGGACCUCUUGUAUUGAUGAUCAACCUAAAAAGCUGAACAGACUUCCUUCCCUUUCCCUUUGCCUUCUUCAACUGCUGCUGUGGAUCCGAGUUUGCAAACCCACCUAUCGAUGUCAUUUCAAUGCAUCCAACUUGAAGAGAGCUCUCUCCAGAAACAGGCGCGUUGGUGCACGCUGAUACUUUGACAUUGCCUACCAGAGUGGCUCACCUUCAGCAGCAAUACUUUUUCUUUUUAGAGAUAAGUCUGUAUUUAUUAUUUCUUUCUGCUCCUUUCAUCCAGCCAGCUGCCCCCCCCCCCCCCAAAAUGAGGAGCUGGAUCUGGGUAUUCGUGGCUAUGUUACUCUGCCAACAGCUGUCUCUUUUUAGAGUGAUGGCAGCAAAAAAAGAAAGGAAGAAAAUGAAAGAACCUAAUCAGUAUACAGAGCCCUUCAAUGCCACCCUGUCCAACAGUGAAGAACUGCACGGGCAAUCUAAGAUGCUAGAAUCUCCGGACCCUCGAAUCACAGAUCCACGGCGCACCUGGAUCUCAUUCGUACACCGCCCGGAUGAUGGCAACACCUCCAAAAGGAGAUGCAAAGGGAAAGACAAGAAAUUACGUGGCCUUGUUGGACCCCCAGGACCACCAGGACCCCAGGGACCUCCAGGUGCACCGGGAGCUGAAAUCACCCGGGAAGUCCUGAUGCAGGAGUUUAAGGAGAUACUAAAAGAAGCCAUAGAACGGCGGGCAUCUCUGGCAAUCUCGGCCCACCCCAGCCAACUGCCCCCACUGCUGCUGUCUCUGGAGGAGAUCUCGCCGCACAAACGGGUGGAGGAAGCAUUUCACUGCAAACUGAAAGGGCAGGUCAUUGUGGACAAGAAGACCCUGGUGGAGCUUCAAAACUUCCAGUCGCCUUUGGCCAAAGGAGCCUUCCUCCGGGGAUCGGGAUUAAACCUGGCAACGGGGCGCUUCACAGCACCUGUGUCUGGCAUCUACCAGUUUUCAGCCAAUGUCCACAUUGACCACAGUGAGCUGAAGAGUAAAGUGCAGCUCCGAGCCAGAGACAACGUCCGUGUGCUGAUUUGCAUCGAGUCCCUCUGUCACCGAUACACGUCUUUGGAGGUUAUUGCUGGCCUGGAAAGUAACAGCAAAAUCUUCACAGUCUACGUGCAUGGGUUGCUGCAGCUACAGGCUGGACAAUACACCUCCAUAUUUGUGGAUAACAGUGCGGGAGCUCCUGUCUCCAUUCAGAAUGGAUCCGAUUUCAUGGGGAUGUUCAUGGGUGCAUAACCUGGAUAGGCUGCCCGGGGUUAGGGGAACAAAGAUGAAUGGAGGAGCCUCACAACGUAUAUUGGAGUGAAGAAACCUUUCCUUUGCCCCUCAUCAACUGCUUCUUGUUAGCCUUCCUUUGCAACACAGCAAAGUAAGCAGCCUUUUUCCCUUUGCCGACACUACAACUUGCUUUUCAGAGGUGGCCACUUUUCCACAUUCAGAUCAGUUCUGCCUAAAGUAUCCUUCAGUCGUUAUUAGCAAAGAGAAGUAACUGUAUAUUAUUGAAAUGGUCUGUGCUUCACUCAAAGCUCACUGCACAAUACACCAAGGUCUGGAAGUGCUGCAUUGUAAAUGGUUGUCUAAUACACCAGCUCUUGUAUCCAGCAUGUCUCUGGUAUAGAUGGGUUUGGCUUGAGUUCCUUUGCAAAUUAACUGACAAAGCAGACGUAAAAGAAUGGAUGUAUUCUGUGUGUUUGGGAGGAAGGAACUGGGACUUUGCCAGCAAACUCUACUCAUGUCAUGCCUGAGAGGAGGUGAAAAUCCCAUCUCCUGUUGGAUAACUGAUCCGCGGCCUGUCGACUGCUUUAUCUAAUACCAUGCUCAAGCGACGCUCAGUGUAAUUGCAGGAGCCAGAGGACUGAAGCCACACCAUUCCUUUGUGUUCAAGUAGUUCCUUAAUCUCUUGAUGAAGCUGAAUAUUUUGUGUUGGCUACAGGGUUAUAUUUUUCUACUAGGGUAAGACAGACAAGCAACAACAGUUCUAGCCAACUCUCCGCUUCCCUUAUUCUUAUGUUUUAGUAAGAUUAUAUGUAUGUAUUUUUGGUCACAUCAUAUAUCCAGUAUUCCCUCGGGCACCCCACAGCAAGUUGUAAAUGUCAGACGUGCGGCGCUAGUGCCAAUAGGUCUGGCAAAGUUCGGGGAACAGCGGCACCAGACCGACAAUGAGAGCGCUGUCAUCUUUUUAUGGUGUGAGCUUGGCAAUGGAAGAGCUGAAAGUAUGAAUAAUAACAUGGGGUGAAAGUCACUUCUGUAUAAAGGAUGUUGCACCUUAUCCCCACGUGAUGGUCUUAAAUGAUGCAAAACUCUCUUGGAUGUCACCCUGAAAACACUGAGCAGGUCCAGACUUCUGCAGACCCAAUAAAAUAGGUGGUUUAGUGGGUGCUACCAGUCCCAAAUUCACCCCAAGAUGUGCAAUUCUGACCCAAGCGGAGGUGUUGGGAGCUGUGGCUUCAGUGGGAUCAGAAUUUGAAUCAGGAUCUGCAGAUUCAAAUAGCCUUUGAGGCACAUUGUAUGGAUCCUCGGUGUUAAAUUCAGCCACCAUAGAUAGGAUUUGGAUGUUUCGUAAUGCAACCACAUCAGAAACCCUGCCUUGCAGGAUGAUGCUAAAAAGACACUGGUAAGGCAAAAAAGGAAUUGAGAGUACUUUUAAACUGAUGAGGAAAAUUCAACAGAUCCAAAAUGGGUGGGUUUUCUGUGUGUGUGUGUAUGUGUGUGUGUGUUGUCUUUUUCUAAUCAGCCAUGCUGUCUCUUCGCAAUACAAGCUAAGGGCCCUCGUACACCAUUUUUAUGGGACCUAUGCAAACCUGGUCCUCAGAUGGAUUUAUAGAAAAGGACAAUCAAUAUGCCUGGGUAUUCAGUGUUCGAGAUAUGCUUGUCUUGAGUAUUGUGAACAAAGAUGUUGAAGUUAAAGCACUGGGGAGAGUAGACGGUUUUAAACCAGAAAUUGCUACCUUCAUUUCAGCUCAUUCUAAACACAUGGAGAAAAACAGCAAGAUGGGAGCAAAAAGCUAUUUGCAGUUUGCUAAGAAUGUAUUAAAAUAGUAUUGAUUGGAAAAACUGGCCCUUUUUGUUCUCCUAAAUGCAAUAAACUUAUUCAGCGUUGAUGGAUCAGUCCUAGAUUCAUAGAAUCAUAGAAAUGAGGGUGGGAAAGAACUUCAGGAGGUCACAUCUAGUCCAACCCCCUGCUCAAAGCAGGACCAGCCCCAACUACAUCAUCCCAGCCACGGCUUUGUCUAGCUGGGUCUUAAAAAUCUCCAAGGAUGGAGACUCCACAACAUCUCUGGGUAACCUGGUCCAGCGCUCGACUACCCUCCUAGUGAGAAAGUUCUUCCUAAUAGCCUACCUAAAUUUCUCUUGCUGCGACUUGAGCCCAUUGCUCCUUGUUCGGUCAUCUGUCACCACCGAGAACAGCCCAGCUCCAUCCUCUUUGGACCCCCCCUUCAGGGAGUUGAAGGUUGCUAUGAAAUCCCUCCUUAGUCUUCUUUUCUGCAGACUAAAUAAGCCCAGUUCCCUCAGCCUCUUCUCACAAGUCAAGUCCCCAGCCCUCUAACCAUUUUUGUUGCCCUCCGCUGGACUGUCUCCUAUUCCCUACAGACUAGUGUGACCGUCGAGCAUCCAGCAGCAGUACCAAGGUAUGUAUUACACUGAGUUAGCUACCCACUGCAUCAUAUAUACUAAUGUCUCCCAUGGAAGCUUUUGACUAGUGUGCUUGGUUGCUGGAAUCAGGCAACCAGUGGUGGCCCACCCACUAAUGGAAAUGAAUCCCCAGCUACCAAAGGGAAGAGGCAGUAGCCACAGGUUACGGUUUCUGGUCUCAAGAGAGCACAUGCACGCACGCACAUAAACGCACUCGGUUGUCAGCUAAAUCCAAGCAGUGAAAACUGACCAUUCACAUUGGGUUGUUACAGAGUAGAUGUAGCCAGGACGAGUAGCUUAUAACCCAACAUAUAUUUCUAUACCAUUUUAUAUUGUGUGAAUAUUUGUACUAUACGGGGCUGUUUCAUGCAUGUCUUGCAGCGACAUAAUCACAGAGUGUUGUGCCACUCAACGUGUAUUGUUAUACGUAUGGAUUUUUGAACAAAGUUUCACUGUUCUUGGCAAAUUGGAGUUGAAAUAUUUAUUUUAUCAUAGAACUAAACCAGUUGUCUGAC